CACAUAUCAGGAUGUUUCUUUCAGCAGCCUUUUCCCGCUCUGCAGGUUUUAAACUAUCUUCCCUCACGGUUUUUGCCAAGGUGCUGCCCAGUGCUGUCGCCAUUGGUUGUCGAGGCAGUUUUGCCCGACCGGCGCUUUUGCGUGUCUUGAAUGAACUGCUCGGCAAAAAAACUCUUGGUGAAUCUCUGCCAUCAAGGUCUGAGGCUGUCCACAAGUCGCCGUCCCAGCCGGAGAUUUUUGCGGAGUUGUCAAAACCAAACCCAGACAUUAAAAGAGCAAUCUCGGAAAACAUUUAUACGAUUCCCAACAUGUUGACCUUCACACGACUCAUCUCCGCCCCCGCGGUAGGCUAUCUCAUCAUGACGGAACAACGUUGGGCGGCAAUUGGCCUCUUCACCUAUUCAUGCGUGACUGAUUUUGUGGACGGUUACAUUGCCAGGAAGUUCAACAUGGGCAGCGUGUUAGGAUCCAUCAUGGACCCUAUGGCCGAUAAGAUGUUGAUGAUGCUCUGCACGCUUUCGCUAGCCAGUGUGGACCAGAUUCCGGCAUACGUUGCCGCGUUGAUUCUCGGGCGCGACGCUAUCCUCGGUCUUGCCUUUGUGGUCAUCCGUUACGUGUCAUUACCGACCCCAAAGACUUUUGCGCGGUACUGGGACUUUAGUUUACCAACCGCCUCAGUACAUCCCACCAAGAUCUCCAAGUACAACACAUUCUUUCAGAUGGUGUACAUCGGGACGUGUGUAAUGAAGCCAGCUGUGUUGCACGUGUUGAGUUCCGAGUACGUCGCUGCGUUCGACACCGGGAUGGAUGGUUUUGGUGUGUUUGUGGCAUCAACCACGGUUUUGAGUGGCUUAUCCUACGUGUUUUCGAAGGACACAGUCAGGUUUAUCAAGUAGUCUGUAUUUAGUAUUUAUUAGAUUGCUCCUCGAGAUGUAGAUAAAGAUUUAGUCAUAGCCUUAGGGGAUUAUCUGUAUUGGCAACUUACGAGUCGAAAGAAGACUUGUUGAACCUAGCGCCUUGUUUAUUGAUCGCGGGUAUGAAAGUUCAAUAAUCAAUGUUGAUUAAAGGUCAUCUACGAUAAUGUAUGAGCGGGAGUCAUGGGGUCAAUAUGACGUAAU